CGCGCGCACACACACACACACACACACACACGUCCACAAAGAACACUGAAUCUUCGUCAUAUCUACAUGGGGCUACAUUCAUGGACCUCCCACACCCAGUUUCCUUCACAAACAUACCCUCAGUCACAACCUUGCACAGACCUUACCACACAGACAGCCACCUAGAGGCACCUGCACAGAGCACAAAGUCACAAGUUCAUAUGACUACACACAGUGGCCCAGGAGCUCACAUACAUUCAUAUACUUGCACAGCAAUGCAUCCACACAGCCACACAAUCUCAAAAAGUCACACAACCAUGAAAUCAUGUACUCCUCCGUUCUCCCAUGGAGGUGCAUGCUUACACACAGACACACACACACACAGAAUCAUAGAAUUAUUUACAACCUCACAAAGAGGCUUAACCAUACACAAUUUCAGGCACACGUGAUGCCACACAAUCUCACCUAGACACAAAAUCAGUCAUGUACACUCUCCAGUAGCUCUUUCUCACGCCACACACACACACUCACAGAAUUUUAAAACCAUAUCCAACCUCACAUACAAGCUUAACCCCCAACCCCAAACUCCACCCUGUCCUCAGUCACACACAAAGUCACGCCCAGGCCCACAGACAAGAUCAUACACUCACUACGUUGCCCGUGGCCACGACACGAUCUCCCAUUGCUCCAGCAGGCUCCCCUUCCCCUGCGACCUCCUCCCCUAGGGUCUCCUGGAACCGGGCCGCUGCCCGAAGGGGCGGAGCUGUCCUCUUAGAUAUAAGGCUCUGAGUCAGCAGCUGCGGCUCCCAAGACCUCCGAAAGGCCAUGCUUGCCCCGCAGAUGCCCCAGCUCCUGUCCCCGACGGUGAUCCUGGCACUCUUUUUCCUUCCCCAGGCACGGCCGGCAGGCGUCUUCGAGCUGCAGAUCCACUCUUUUGGGCCGGGACCAGGCCCGGGGGCUCCGCAGUCCCCUUGCAAGGCCAGGGGCCCCUGCCGCCUCUUCUUCAGGGUCUGCCUGAAGCCAGGGGUCUCCGAGGAGGCCGCCGAGUCUCCAUGCACCCUGGGCGCGGCGCUGAGCGCGCGCGGACCGCUCUAUACUGCGCAGCCCGGAGAGCCAGCGCCUGACCUGCCGCUGCCCGACGGCCUCCUGCGCGUGCCCUUCCGGGACAGCUGGCCGGGCAUCUUCUCUCUCAUCAUUGAAACCUGGAGAGAGGAGUUAGGAGAACAGAUUGGAGGGCCCGCCUGGAGCCUGCUGGCGCGGGUGGCUGGCCGGCGUCGCCUGGCGGCCGGGGGCCCUUGGUGCGCGCGCCUCUGCCGCUCGCGCAGCGCCCCCUCACGGUGCGGACCGGGACUGCGCCCCUGCGCGCCGGUUGAGGACGAGUGCGAGACACCGCCAGCAUGUCGAGCAGGCUGCAGCCCCCAGCACGGCUUCUGUGAGCAGCCUGAUGAAUGUCAAUGCCUGGAGGGCUGGACUGGGCCCCUCUGCACAAUCCCUGUCUCCACCACCAGCUGCCUCAGCCCCAGGGGUCCAUCCUCUGCCACUGCUGGAUGCCUAGUACCUGGGCCCGGGCCCUGUGAUGGGAACCCGUGUGCCAACGGGGGCAGCUGUAGUGAGACACUGGGGUCCUUCGAAUGCACCUGUCCCCGUGGGUUCUACGGGUUGCGGUGUGAGGUGAGCGGGGUGACAUGUGCGGAUGGACCUUGCUUCAAUGGUGGCUUGUGUGUGGGAGGCACAGACCCCGAUUCUGCCUACAUCUGCCACUGCCCACCGGGUUUCCAAGGCUCCAACUGUGAGAAGAGGGUGGACCGGUGCAGCUUGCAGCCAUGCCGGAAUGGCGGGAUCUGCCUGGAUCUGGGCCACGCCCUGCGCUGCCGCUGCCGUGCCGGCUUCGCGGGGCCGCGCUGCGAGCACGACCUGGACGACUGCCCGCCGGCUUUGGGACUGCUGGUGGCCGCUGGUUUGGCGGGCGCUGCGCUCUUGCUGGUUCAUGUGCGACGCCGUGGCCCUGGCCGAGAUGCUGGGUCUCGCUUGCUGGCGGGGACCCCGGAGCCAUCGGUCCAAGCGCUCCCUGAUGCACUGAACAACAUGAGGACGCCCGAGGGGUCCGGGGAUGGCCCAAGCCCGUCCUCAGAUUGGACUCGCCCUGAAGAUGGAGACUCUCGUUCGAUUUACGUCGUAUCUGCUCCUUCGAUAUAUGCCCGGGAGGCCUAACCUGCCCCUUCUCUAUCAGCACCUGGAGACAGAACCUGGAUACUUUUGUAUUCUCUGCUUCAGACACUUUGGAGUUCAAGCUGGAAGGGGUGACUGGGAGGAUUUUACCAUUGGAAGUUGUACAUAAUGGUUAUUUAUAUCUUAUCUUUUUUCUCUCGCCAUCUCUCCAGAGACAUCUAUAAAGGCUCUUAUUUUGAUCAACUUGGACUCAUCAAGUUGAGUGCUUUCUAUGUGGUGUUGGUACUGAGGGGAGCAAUUUGGUUUCCUGAGACAGGACUCUGAUGCAGGGGUCAGAAACAACUCAAAGUGGUUUAAGUAAACAAGAGAAUUUAUUAGUUCAUAAAAAUGAAAAUCCUGUGGUAGGUGUAGCUUCCACAGGGCUAGAUUCAAGGGCUCAGUGUUUUUCUCCAGCUGUCUCUGGGUGACUUCGUAUGUAGAUGGACUUUCACUGGCGCUGGCUUGCUACAUGACAACUUGAACUAGUAGCCAGGCAGUAUGGCUUAUUUUGAUUGGCGAGGCUUUGUCAUUUGUCUAGUGUGUGGCAGGACUUAAGGUCAGCUUGUCUAAGUCACAUGGAAUAGUGAGCAAGGGAGUGUCCUUCUCUCUACCAAAAGACAGGGUUUGUUACUAGACAGAAGUACUGGACCUAGUAGGCAAACAAACAGAACCAGUGAGAGCAGAAAGAACCUAUUUCCAGGGGAAUCUGAGGUGCAGAGAGUGGAGUAAUUGCGGCAACUCCUUCGUAAUGAGAUGGAACAAAUCUUAGUAAGAUCUUGCAGAGAGGGGGUAUUUUCUUAAAUUUUGGGACUAUUCUAAGACAGUUAAUCACGCAGCUAAUACUACUUCUAUCACAGAAAAUAUAAAAAGCCUCCAUCAGCCAAUUUCCGCCAGUCCUCUUUCCCCAUAUUUUCUAGUGGGGAGAAGGCUGGGACAGUGCCCACACACUUUUGGAAAUGAGCAGAAUCCUAGAAACUGAAGAAGAGAGAGCAGAGAAAAAAGUAACAAAUGGAAUGUAGCAGCAAGUGACCAAAUGAAGGAGUCCUUUGAUUAGAACAGUAGCCAAGGGAUCCACAUAUUCUUUUAAUUCAGUCAGCAGAUACCAUAUAUACCUAUGUGUACAAAUAAAUAGCUAUGUGUACAAAGUCUCCUUUCAGGUUUCACUAUGUUGAAUUUCUAUGUCAUAAAGAUUAAAUAUAGCAUUAAAGAAAAUGGGCAUUAAAACAAAAGUAAUAUUUAAAUUGAGGUUAAAGGCAGACAUCAAAACCAGCCCAUUAUUCCUUCUAAGACAACUUGAUCUUCAGAGGCCAGUCUUUGCUGCCUUGAACAGAGUAUACAAUCUGCCAAAAGAGCAGAACUCAAUUUAAAAGCAAAGAUGGGGGGCUGGGGGCUAGCUCAGUGGUAGAGCGCAUGCUUAGCAUGCAUGAGGUCCUGGAUUCAAUCCCCAUCCCUCCACUUAAAAAAAAAAAAAAGGAAGAUGGGAAGUUGUGUUAUGCUCAUGCUGGGUUUUUUGAUCAAUGGCUGCUGAAGGCAGGCAGUUGCAUCCCACGGAUUCCCCCUUUGAUGUACUUCCUGGUGUCAGUGAUGUGUCACCUGUGGCAGAGUGUUGGCACCAUCACCGUAUACAUCCAUGAGUCAUUCCAGGAAUAGUACUGACUGGAUGAUCAGAGAGUGAUGACUGGAGUUCUCUGAUUUCACCGCUGUAAGGGAAGAGUCCUGCACCCAAGUCAGCAGGCCCUUUAAAGUGCAGGCUGUGAUCCAUGGCUUUGCCUCACGGGAUGCUGCAGGCUGAGCCCAAGGUAGCAGCUGCUGGGGCAAGAAAAACCAUCUCAGAUGGUUAGCACUCACAGGGAAGGAAAGUUAUUCUGGUCCAUAUCCCUUCCCUUUAAAGGUGAAAGGAAGCAGAGCCGCAGAGGACUAAAGUGGAAGGCAUUCCACAACGGGUCAUUUUUUUUUUCUCUUUUGGCAGGGCUUUUAAUCUUUCAGGCCUGGAAUUACUGCAUUUACCACAAUGACAGUAGUGAAUAAAGUACCCUAAGUGAUCACUCCAAAAAAGCA